AUGGCAUCCGGAAUCCUCUGGAGAGUGGAAGAAGAAGAUGAGGAGGAUGUGGAGGAAGAAACUGUCAAACAGGAGGUUUCGUUCAGCCACUUUAAGAAGUCAUUCCCCUAUCAAAAGUCUGUGGAUCGAAGGUGGACUAACCAGAAGUCCCCCAUCUCCCCAAAAUGCUCCAAGCCCACCCUCGUUGAGGAAGGAGACUCAGAAGAGAUAAAACCUUCGGAAUUUGAAGAAUCGAGUUCUGAUGAAACCAGCACUGACCUGGGGGCCACCAGCAUGCCGAACCCCUUCAGGUUUUCCCUGAGCCAGCCCAGCAGCAACAACUUUUCAGAAAUGCUGGAAAGGCAGCUGACCAAACUCAGCUUGGCCUCCUUGACCGUGUGCAACGAUAUGGGAGACAUGUCUUCCAGCCAUUCCAAGUCCCAGCUGCGGACCUUCGUCCCCCUGGACCUGGACAAUCCUGAGAUGGACGCAGACACCACCUCGACUCCCUCAGAGUCUUCCGUGGCAGUGGACGUGCCUGAAGCCCCCUUCAUCAAUGAGCACACAGUCAAUGACUCCACGGCCGUGAUCUCCUGGAACAGGAGCCGCGGCAAACAGCGGGUGAGUUUCUACCAGGUCCUCCUGCAGGAGAUGGAGCUAAAGAAGGAGAGGGUGAAGAAUGAGGUGCCCAAGGAAAAACACCGCCCGUGGAUCUUCAACCAAAUCAUAGGCACCACCAUCAAGCUUAUGGAACUGAAGCCCAACACCAAGUAUUACAUCAGCGUCCGAGCUGCUAACCCAGCCGGACCCGGGAAAUGGUGCAAGCCCUAUAAA